GAUUUAAGAGAAAGAGAAAAGUUAAAUUAAUUGAAUUUUCUGUACUGAGUUAUAAGAUGUAAUCAAAAUUGCAAGAGAUUAGAAGUCUAAAAUUUGUUUUUUUUGGCAAAGCCAAAGGUGAUUUAUUACUGAACAACUGCAAUCACAAGCAGUGUUGCUGCUAAGCUAAAAAUACAACAUAUAAGAAACACACCAAAACAAAUUACAAAAAUAACACCAAAGCUACUGAUGAAAAUACAAGGAGUUGUUCUCUUAAAAGUACAUACUCCACCCUUCCCCUUCCAGUACUCCAACAGAGACACUAUUCAAACCAAAACAACUCGGACUGCCUCCAAAAUUACCAAAAACCAGAUCAGAAACAGAUACAACACAACAUAAUACUGCUGUCGUAAAAACUACAACUCUUAGACUGUGAUGUUACCUCACAAGUGCCGACUGCCAACACUCGCUUCGGACUAAUUUCCACACCUCUCCAUUUUCACAGGAACACAACUGCUACUAUACUGUAAAAAAAUGAGGCAGAAGACAAAAGCACUUUUGAUUGGAUUAAUUGGUGCAGCUUUUACUCUACUUGCUUACUCACAAACCUUCAUAUCACCAACUCAAAGCAUCACAAUGGGACUUCUUGUUCUCAUGUUUGGAUUCCUUGUAGGAGAAGGUUUCAUUUCUCUUUAAUUCAUCAUGCUUUUCUUUUUCUCCUUCAAUUUCACCCUUCAUCUAUAUUCAUGAAUUUUAGGUGUUUGUGUGUAAUAACUCUGUAAUGGGAUAUAUUUUAGUUUUUGUAAGUUUUAUAUAUUUUUCUUUCAUAUUUUGAAUUUGUGUUAAAUAAUGGUGUAUGAAGGGUUGAAGGAAAA